GGAAUUCCAUAAACCCGCCGUGGUUUGUAAACACUUUUCUCACACCACUCACCAAACUCCCUUUAUAAACUCCGCCCAUAGCCCUCCUUCGCAUCUCGCCGUCUCUCUUUUUGGAUUUCAGUUCUCAAGGAAUCAGUAACUGCGAAUCUCUUAAUCAGAUCAUCAUGGAAGGCACCGCAAGAAGACCCACUUUUAUUGAGGAAGACGAUGGUUUGGCUUCCCUUGCUGAUAUGGAAGCUGGGUUCUCAGGGAAUCAUCAUCUACCGCUGCUAAUGAAAUCAUCUUGCCUCAGUGCUUCAAUUAGAAGGGGUAGUUACAGAGUUCUUUCUUCUCCUACAAUGAGGUCUCCGAGAUUCUAUGAGAGUAAUAGAUUUGAGGAGUAUCAUCAGCCCCAUUUCCUUGAAGCUUGUUACCUCUGCAGGAAACCUCUGGGUGAUAACAGAGACAUCUUCAUGUACAGAGGUGACACACCAUUCUGUAGCGAAGAGUGCAGACAAGAGCAGAUUGAGAUAGAUGAAGCUAAGGAGAAGAACUGGAAUCUCUCUGCUUCUAGAAAGGCUGUAAGGAAGGAGCAGAAGAAAUCUUCUUCAACUCCAAGCAAAGCCCAGAAUUACUCUAUAAGAACGGGCACCGUUGCUGCUGCUUGAGAUUGCAGGAACGAAAUCGUGAAGAAAAAUAGCAAAAACCAUAAUUAUAGAAAGGAAAUAAUAGUAUAUAGUAAUUGAAGAGAGGAGUAUAUUAAAGUAUCUACGGCUUUUUAUGUAAGAACAGGGGCCCAGAUUCCAGAGAGAAAGAGAAGGAAGGAGAAAAAGGCCCCAUUUUGAGAAAUUUUUCUUCAAAUUUGUGUUAUAAUGUUUGUGAAUGUGUAUAAAAUGCUACUGAAAUAUGAGAUCUUUCGCUUCCAUCUCUCAAUUUCAAUCUGGUUUUGGGAGAGAAUGAAAGAGAAGCAUCAAGGGAUCUAGUUCUUAAUCAAUUUUGAAUGUUCUACUUGGUCUCA